UAGAGGUUGGCGGAGUUACCAACUCCAUCGGUUCGGCCAUCGAUUUCAACUCUCCGUGAUAGAAGUUCUCGUCCCGGAAACGCGAAGCAACCUUCGUUCUCGCUUACCCUCGCCGCUUCGAUCAACGCGUCGAUCUCUGGUGAGCGGGCAUGGAGGCGUCCUCAUGGGACGCCCUUAGGAAACAGGCAAGGAAGCUUGAAGCUCAGUUGGAUGAACAGAUGACCUCAUAUCGUAGACUGGUUUCAUCAAAACCUGAUGGUUUGGUAGCAGAUUUGGAAUCUGGAAUUGAACAUUUACUGAAGCAACUCCAGCAAGUCAAUUUGCAAAUGCAGACUUGGGUAUCUUCCGGAGGCUCUCAGAUCAUUUCCCAUACAUUGACGCGACAUAAAGAAAUACUACAAGAUCUUACUCAGGAAUUUUAUAGGCUUCAUUCUGGCCUUAGAGUAAAGCAAGAACGAUCAUCGCUUCUAGAAUUUAGAGAUUAUGAUAGAGCAAAAGCAGACAUGGAAGAUGGUGCUGAUUCUGCUGAACACGCUUUACUUAAAGAACAAGCAGCUAUAAGUAGAAGUUCAGGGCAGAUGGAUCAUGUAAUUUCUCACGCCCAAGCUACUCUAGGAACACUGGUUCUUCAGCGUUCCACAUUCGGUGGCAUCACCACAAAGAUCAGCAAUGUCAGCAGUAGACUUCCUACGGUAAAUCACAUUUUGUCUUCAAUUAGAAGGAAAAAGUCUAUGGACACCAUAAUUCUCUCUCUCGUCGCUUCUCUUUGUACAUUUCUCAUGUUAAUUUACUGGUUGUCUAAGUGAAAGUAGUCGUUAACAAAUGAAGCCUGUCAAAAAAUCACCAUUAUGUACUUUAUAAAGUUUUUCAUUUAUACCAUCAGAACAAAUCUACGUGAACACUCAACAGGUUAUCGGUUUGACGGUUUUGCAUGUAACUUACAGGUACAUUUGAGUCUGUGUGUAUUCAGUAACUUGCUAUUUUAUGUGAUUUUGAAUACUGAAAAUUUGAAAGAUCCAA